GUGUACUGUUUCACGUCAGUUUGGGAUGUGAGAGAAAUAUGGCUGCUUCCUUGGUUAGGUGGUUGAGGGGAUUGUAUGUUUUGUUCUUGAUAUGUCUCCUCUGUGCUUCUGCUUUCCUGAAUUUAGAGGAAUUAAACGAAAUGAAAUAUGGAAUCCAGAUUCUGCCCGACCCCGUUAUUAUGGGGCAGAUGGAGGAUGUGAUGUUGGUUUCCAAUAAGUACAAGCAGCUUUAUGAGUGUCGUUUGCCUGCCCAGGCAGUGCGCUUCCACCAGGACCCAGUGCCGGAAGCUGACUCUCAGGGCUACAGUGGACCGGGGGUCCCUGAGCUCUUGAAGCCUAUGCAGACUGCACCCUGCCUGGUCAAGACCAAAGACUGGUGGACGUAUGAGUUCUGCUAUGGCCAGCACAUUAGACAGUACCAUUUGGAAGAUUCAGAGAUCAAGGGUGAUGUUCUUUUUCUGGGUUAUUUUGAGUCUGAGUUUGACUGGACCAAUGAAACUGCUAAGGCCACUAAGCAACAUAAGCUGAAGAGAUAUCACAGUCAGUUUUAUGUCAAUGGCUCUAAGUGUGACCUGAACGGAAGCCCUAGAGAGUCAGAAGUCAGGUUUGUAUGUGAGGAGGGUUCGAGUGACUUUAUAACUCGAGUGGAUGAGCCUCAGUCCUGCCGCUAUGUUCUCACUGUGCACACAUCUCGCACGUGCCAGCACCCACUCCUUCGCCCACCUUCGUCUGCCAAGCCCCAGGGCAUUGUGUGUCAGCCUGCCCUCAGUGCUCAGCAGUACAUGGACUAUGUCAAAGCUCAAGUCUCUGACACUAAACGUAAAGUAGAGCAGAUCUCUGAGGAGCUAAGGACCCUGGAUCAAAUUCUGUCCAAAGAUGAAGACAGUGAAGGCUCAGGAAAUGACAAAAUGGAUGAAGAGUCUGUAACACCCAGUGAUGAGUCUUUUUCAGAGGACCAAGAUGCUGUAGUGGCAGAGGGUGAGUUAACAGCUGAGGAUGCAGAGGAUAGAGAUUUCUGGGAGGGUGUCACCAAACCUGACAGUACAGACCCACAGACUUCAGAGGCACAGGAAUCUGAUGAUGCUCAGGAUAACCAGCCAGAGGACAAUGACAUAUUUGGGGAAGAAAAGUUUAAUUUUAAAAUAAUCACUGACCCUGCUGACUUGAUGAAGUUUGUACAGCACCUUAGGGAGAGCAACAGAAAAAAGGCACAAUUUAAGAAUGAAAAAAGUCAGCCUUCUUCACAGAAGAGAGAAACAGAGGAGGGAAAGAGGGAAGAAAAGGAAGAUGCUGAAGAGGAGGGAGAUGAAGAUGAACAGCUGCUUAAGGAGUUUGAGGAAGAAAUGGCUGAUCUCUCUGUGCCUCCUUCCAAGAUAGAGGAGAUUAAAGAAGAGAUGCAGAAGGAGUUUGAUAACAUCAUAGAAGAGGCUCAACAGGAGUUAGAGACUGAAGGCCUUAAAGGGGAGUUUGAUCGCUCUCAGGCAACUCAGACUCUGGAAAACACGUUGGGCAAACUGCUGGACCGUCUUGAGGAUAAGACUGGACAAGACACUGAAUCAGAUACAGAGACGAACACAGAAGUAAAAAAAUCCACACACACUCCACCUGAGACGGAGGAGCAGGGUGGCAGCCCUAGUCUUGUCCCCAAAACCCCAGCGCGGGAGCAUGGCAGUGGGGAGCAGGUAAAAAUCAGGGUAACUAAAUAUAAGAUAGGUGGAGACGUGGCUGCGGGAGCAGUUGCCGGGGGCGAUGGUCAUGAGGGAGGUGUGAAGGUGCGAGAGCUGGGCGAAAAUGACCCCCAAUGGCAGCAGAUUCAGGAAGUGGUCAAAGAACAGCUAGAAAGAGCUGGCAUCAAGGCCGAAGGCAAGAUUGAAGUAAAGAUUUUAACACGUAAAACAGCAGAGGAAGCUGGAGACCAGUGGCUAAGUGAGGAGGAUACCAAAUCUUUCAGAGAACUACUCAUCAAUCUACUGACUGGAGGGACGGAAGAAGUAUACAAAGAGCAAAAGAGGCAGCAGGAGUUGGAAAACAACUAUAGAUUUGUUUGGGGAGAGAAACAGGACCAGAGUCAGUCUGCAGGUGGCGAUUCAGAUGAUCUGGACUUCUGAAAUGUUUUCCCCAGUUUUUUUGCUUUUUCACAUCUCAGAGAGGUAGAGGACAUAAACUGUACAUUGGAAUACAAAAGAGGACUUUGAACUCUUUAGCAGCUGUUACAGCCCUCGCUCGGACUGCAGAGUUUCACAAACACUGUGUUUGUCCUUUUUUUCAUGUUGUAAGAGUUUGGGUGUAAGGGGCUUAAGAAACUAUGCUGUGACUGACUGAGUCAUGUGAAACCUGAGAGGGAUAUUAAAUCUGUAACACAGGCCUCUCCAGUCUAGAAGAAUGAAUCUUCAUAUUCACAGCACCUGUGAACAACGUGAAUGUUUUUUGUUUUUUUCCCCUCCUCAAACACACUGAAUGUUUGAUGCAGAUGUCACUGUUAUGUAACAGUAAUCCCUCUCUGCGGUUUCUUGCAGAUGUUGCCUACUUCCUAAGCCCAUGCUAUGCUAUUUACAUUUGUAUGUGUGAGUGUCUGUGUGGCUUAGAUGUGGUGAUGUAAAGGAUUCUGGACUGUUAGUAAUAGUAAUGUCUAUCUUGAGAGUGACUUUGCUUUAGGAAUGGAUCUGCUAAUGACAGCUACUCAUUCAUGCAGUUAACAGUCUCCUUAGUUUUACUUAUUAUUAAUAGAUCGGUCACAGGCACCUCAUGAAUAAGAAAUUAUGUUCUGAAUCCAUUGCUAAUGGUAAGGUUUACUGUAAGCGAACGUACACUUUCAGAAAUCAUUAGUUUGUUGCACUUUAAAUGAAUAAGCACUGUUUGGAAUAUUAAUCUUGGCAACGCCGAACAAUCAAGACGGACAUAUGAUCAUGUAGAUGACUGGUUCAGAAUAGUGUAAUGUUGGGAUAUGCAUAUGAUUGGAAUCUGUUCCCUGAGCUCCAACCCAUUUUAGGCUGCUUAAAUAUAGACAUGGCGCUAUGAUCCGUUCAUUUCUAGCAUUGUUUGGCAGUCAUGGUAGUUGAAAUCGAGCAUGUUAAGCUCAGUGCAAUAUUGGCCUUUUUCAACUUCAAUGAAAUUGUACAAUUUACCACUGCACUUUUAGAUCGUAAAUCUUCACAAUUUUGAGCUUUAAAACAGUCUUAUUAAAGAUUCUCUGUUGUAUGAUCUUCAGACAACCUGGUGCAAGAAAAUGCUGAGCUACUAGACCUGGCUAGGCAGGCUUCUCUUCACACAUACUGUAUCUGGACAGACUUGUCACACAGUCUCCACAAAAGAUAUGACUGCCAUGAAUGUGUGAUAUUUAUUUUUUAUUUUCUAAAUGUCUGUUCUCUACACAGUCCCAGCAGACAAGGGCUCUCUUCAUGUAAACUUUGUGAAUAGCUCUUUGGUAGUUUGUACAUAUGUAAUUUUGCUGGAGUGUCUGAAUUGCUUGCCCUUAAUGGGAUUGUGCAUAAUAUGAGUAAAGCUAUAUCCAAGCACACUUAUUCUCUCAAAGUGGGGCUGAUGUGAUUUGAUUGGGAAAGUUUUAUUAAAGAUACGCUCUGGUUUUGGAGUGAGAAACUGAUUAGAUGGGGGUUUGUAAAGAAAGUUAAAGGCUCCUUUGAGGCAUGGAGUGAGUUAUAAAGCCACCAAUCAAUAGUCAAUGAUCUGUGGACAGAAAUAAAUAAAUGAACUAAUGAAUUGAUAAAUAGGUUCAUGAUGGGCUAGAAAAGCCAUUUGAAAAAAAUAAGUAUUUAGAAAUCCAAAUCUAAUGUCUGAGAAUCGCAGUGUAGCUUUUGAAAUCGGAUACAUUUGUGAAUGUUAUUAGUGGUUAAGGUCUGUUCAUCUUUGCUGUUCAUCAAAGAUAAUUGCAAAUUCAAUAUCUUGUAGUGAAAAAAGCAGAAGAUAGACUAAAACAUCCAGUUGUUAAUUAAAUCACAAACAUAAAGAGAAGCAAGUUUGUAGUUAUGAGUGUUAUCACCUUUUGUGACCAUUAAAGGGGAAUUCCAGAUUUUUCAAAAUAUCUGCAUAAUUAAAGGGUUAUGAUGUAAACAUCUUUCAGAGUUGUUUAAUGUAAAGCCAGGCCCCAGGUUUUUAGGCCUCUCCCAGUUGGAGCGAUAGGAGCUUGUCUGUUGUACAGAAACUUCCUAUCUUUUUGUCUUAAGAUCUCACAGAUCAAGAUAAGAUUUUUCACAAAUUCGUAUCACAGAAACAAAUCUUGUCUUGGUUCAGGACUGUGUCUUGUUUUACUUAUUUACUUGUAUUUUACUUUUUAUCUCACGUUAGGAAAACCUAUACUACUCAGUCAACUGCCAUGUCUGUUGCUAAGCAUCCGACUAUAAAAGUGCACAGAUGAAACAUAAGCACAUAAUCAAAUAAUGUUAAAAUGUUACUGUUACAGUUGCUAUUACUGAUGUAAAAGGGCCAAAACAAAACUACAGUGCAAGAAACUGGAUAUGAUGAAUACUGUGACAGCACCCCCUGCUGCUCAUUGCUGCUCCCCUGAUUCAGUUUCCAUUUUCCAGAGCAUUUAACUGGCCUGUGAGCUGUGCUACUUUAUUCCUAAUCAACAUUCACCACCAUUUCUGUGAAUUUUUAAAAUCUAUUUUAUGUGCUGCAUCUUAACCCACUCAUUUUGCACUCGCUCAGGAGCACCCUCUAGCGUUUGAGAAACCCAGAAGAUAUUACGCAGUGUUAAUUCUCUUCACUACAUGUUCUCUGGAACAUUACAGCUAACAUUGUGAAAAGGUCAGAACAAAACUAAAGGGCAAUGAACUGAAGAUUGAGAAUAUUGUAACAGCACCCUCUGCUGUUUAUCAGAGCGUUGCUGCUCUACAGUGUCCAUUUCCCAAUAGCUUUAUUUGACUGUGCUAGCAUUAUUCCUCCAAAUAAACAGCUACCAGCAACUCUUCUCAUUA